AUGAAGAAGCAACAACAGCUAUCUGCCGACAUGUACCUUUUGGUUGUAGCAAGUCCACCAGAUGGCGCCACGGCCGUCGAUCUGGCCAUUCCCAGCCACCGUCAAGUUGUCGAUUCUGUAGAAGGUCAGGAGGACCAGUCGUUGAUGGUUGGUUACCUGUACGGUGAUAGGCGACUUGCAGGACCCCUGAAACCUGAUUUUGCUCAGCAAGAAUUCAGAACUAACCAAGAUUUGUUUGCAUCCAUUGCAACGGUUGUGACCGUGGCGGAGAUUCUGAAAAACAACGGCCUUACUGUUGAGAAGAAGAUUAGGACAUCCACUGUCGAAAUAAACGACGAAUCGAGAGGCUGCCUGUUCCAAAAGGCCAAGAUCGAGAUUGAGUUAGGAAAGAGCGACAAAUUCGAUGAGUUGAUGGCUGCCUCUGAGGAAGAUACGGAAGCAGAAGAUGGGGAGGAGCAAGCUUGAGAAAAGUGCAGUAGCCGCCACCUCUUGUCCUCUUGUUCCUGCGGUUUCUGUACUUUGUUCUUGUUGUUUAAAACUGUCGUAUGAGUCUAUGAUAGAUGCCUUCUGUUCUUGUUUAACUUGUGUUCGUUCUUUGUGGCAUUGUGCGUAAACUCGUUGGCUGAUGAUAAUUCCUUUGUGCUUUUACACCAAUUAUUAUAUUUCUUUCCACAAA